AACAACAGCAUCUUCUCUUUCUCUCACUUUUCUUUUUCUAUUUUUCUUCUCUAGGGUUCCACCGAUGAUCAUCUGACAUUAUUAUUCUGUAUCAUCAUCAUCAUCAGUCAUGGAAGAUUCACCAACAACAAAGCCAACUCCAACGAACGUUUCAAGAACAGCAGACCUAAUGAAGAAGGGCUUGUUCUUCUAUCCACAUUUUUGUCCUUUCGGAACAAGGAGGUCCAUGGCAUUGGUCUACUGCUUCUUCACCUUUGCCUUCGUCACCUGCACCACCAUUCUCUUCUUCAAUAACCCUUCCAAUACUCACUCUUCCCUUUGGUUUUCAAACAUCCUCAAUACCAGAUCUCACUUCUCCUCCAUUUUCUCCCACUUUUUCCCAAACCCCAACACCAGCACCACCACCUCUCAUUCAUCUCCCUCUCCCUCACCCUCUUCAUAUCCUCCUCACGAUGUUUUUAUCCACAAAUCCCCUUUUUUUCCAGAAACAAAUGCUUCAUUCAAUGGAACUAAUCAACUUUUGCCUUCUCCUGCUUAUAAAACCAAUAAUACUUCUCAACAUCAUCAUGUAAUGGGUUUGAACGGUACGACAAAAGGUAUUUCAGAGAUGUCUAAUGUCACAUUUUCCCAUAAAAAAAAUGAUGGGAAAAUAAAUAAUUUAUCUAAUGGUACCAAUGAAUCUUUAUCUUUUGGUCAUCAUGCGAGUCAAACGUCAUCAUCAUCGCAUGAGUUUGUAAAAAAUGCUACUACUACAAUGGUGAAUUCUUCAUCAGAAUCUGUAAAAAAUAUACCCGUGGAUUCUUCAAAGAAUGCUACUGGAGAAAAAGAAAUGAAUAUGAUGCCCAACCGUACUGACUUGUUCAAGAAACAUAGUGAUGGAGGAGCUAAGGGUGUGUCCAUGCCUGAGCAAAGAAAAGAGAAUUGGCUUGAUGAGUUAAUUCAUUGUGAUAUUUUUGAUGGGACAUGGGUAAAGGAUGAUUCAUACCCAUUAUAUUCGGCCGGGACGUGUCCGCAUAUCGAUGAGCCAUUUGAUUGUUUUCACAAUGGGAGGCCCGAUAAUGGGUAUGAGAAUUAUAGGUGGCAACCUAAGGGCUGCAAUAUCCCGAGGUUGGUUGGUGGAGAUUUAUUGGAAUUAUUGAGAGGAAAGCGGUUAGUGUAUGUAGGUGAUUCUCUGAAUAGAAAUAUGUGGGAGUCAAUGCUUUGUACUCUGAGAAAUUCGGUUAAAGAUAAGAGCAAAGUCUUUGAAGCCUCUGGUAGAGAACAAUUCCGAACAGAGGGUUCAUACUCAUUUCUAUUCACAGACUAUAAUUUUUCAGUGGAAUUCUUUCGAUCUACCUUUUUGGUUCAAGAAUGGGAAAUGCCAGACACAAAUGGAUCGACGAAAGAAACGCUUCGGCUUGAUCUCAUUGAGAGGUCAUCUGAUAGAUAUAAAAAUGCAGACAUCCUUGUCUUCAACACAGGACACUGGUGGACUCAUGAGAAAACAUCCCAAGGGAAGGGUUAUUAUCAAGAAGGUAGUCAUGUUUAUGGCUUAUUGGAUGUUGUUGAGGCAUUUCGGAAAGCUAUGACUACAUGGGCAAGAUGGAUUGAUGCCAAUGUAAAUCCUACAAAGACCCUUGUUUCCUUCAGAGGCUAUUCGGCUUCCCAUUUCAGUGGUGGACAGUGGAAUUCUGGUGGUCAAUGUGACAAUGAGACUGAGCCUAUAAAGAAUGAGGCAUAUUUAUCAGAGAAUCUUCAAAUAAUGAGCAUGUUGGAGCAGGUGAUAAAGGGGAUGAAGACUUCUGUCUUCUAUUUGAAUGUUACAAAAAUGACUGAUUUUCGCAAGGAUGCACACCCUUCAAUUUACAGAAAGCAAAAUUUAACGAAGGAGGAAAGACGAUCGCCAUUGAGAUUCCAAGACUGCAGCCAUUGGUGCCUUCCUGGUGUCCCUGAUACAUGGAAUGAGCUUCUCUAUUCUCAAAUUUUCAUAAAAUAUAAUCAAAAGGAACAACAACAACAACAAAAGUAACAACAAUAGAAAAGAUCAUAGGUAAACUAACAGCACAACACUGUAAAACAUGUUCAUUAAUUACUAAUUAAUUUUAAGACGGGUGGCUGUGCAAUAUUAGUUUUCUUAAUGAAAAGUUCAAACAACCUGGAGAAUUUAAGAGAGUGUAAGAGAAAGUGUAGGAGAAAAGGGAGUUGGGGCCGUGUACUAGAUUUUCCAAAUGACAUAAUCCCCUGUGCAUUGUUGAUUGAUCAGUCUCUUGAGAGCGCCUUUUUUUUUUUUUUUUUUUGGGUAUGUAAAUGUAAUUGAUUUGAAGAGAUACAUAAUUGAAUUUCUUUCAUGCCUAAAUAU